ACGUGCAACAGAGUACUUUCACGACUCUGUUGCACCUUACUCCAAUAGAUUUUUAUAUGCUUUAUACAUUUUUCAGUUUUGCUAACAGAUUGAGAGUGAUGGGUAUCUUCUCCUCCAUCCCCAAAGGUCCUCCUUUGAGAAUUGUAAUGAUUGGAAAAACUGGAGUUGGGAAAAGUGCAGUUGGGAACACCAUCCUGGGCAGACGGUACUUCAAGUCCUUGGCUAAUCCACAGUCUGUGACAGAGACCUGUGAGAUGGAACGUGUCUCCAUUCAAAGAAAGAUCCAUGUGAUUGAUACACCUGGCAUUUUAGAUACAACUAAAUGUGCAGAGAGCAUAAAGAAAGAGGUUGCGAAAUGCAUCCAUGUGUCCACUCCUGGCCCUCAUGUGUUCCUCUUGGUCCUUCAGAUUGGAAGGUUCACCAAAGAAGAAGAAAACUGUGUGGAAGCCCUGGAGAAACUCUUUGGACCUGAGUUAUCCAAGUACGUGAUCAUUCUGUUUACACGUGGCGAUGAGCUACAGAAUAAAACCAUACAGGAGUAUGUGCAAAGCGGCCAUCCCAAACUUCAGGAGGUCAUAAACAAGUGUGGCAACCGUUACCAUGUCUUCAACAACAAGAAAGUGUGGAACAGAGCUCAGGUGGCCAAGCUGAUAAAGAAAAUUGAUGAGAUGGUAGCAGCGAAUGGGGGAAAGCAUUACACUGAUGAAAUAUUUGAGAAGGUAGAGCUAGAUCUGCUACAGCAUAAAACCAAAAAGGAAAAGCCAGCUGAGCAGCUAAGUGACAACAACUCCUUCAAUUCUGAUCUGCUGCAAAAAGUAAUGCUAUUUCAGGCAAUCCUGACUGCUGCCUCACAAAACAACACCACCAAUGUGGACCAAGGGGCACUGUCUCCAUAUUGA